CAAAGAGGCUCAAAGGCCCAUUGGCCCACAGGCCCACUGGCCCAAUCUCUCAGCCUCACUCUCCUUCAUCCUGUUCUCCAGCCGCACUCUCUCAGUCGCACCAUCGGAGAACCUCCGCCCUCGAAAAUCCCAAGACGCAUGUCAUUAUCCCGUCGCCGUUAGGAGCUCGUCGGAGCCGAGAUUUCAUGGCAUCUAUCAACAUUGGGUUCUGUUUGCUGGUUUAAACCCUCAAUCCCUCCAAAACCCUAGCUUUCACUUUCCUCCAUUCCAAACAUGAGUUUCGCAGCGUACAAGAUGAUGCAUUGGCCCACGGGGAUCGAGAAUUGUGCCUCAGGCUUCGUCACUCACUCUCGCGCGGACUUUGUCCCUCGCGUCACUCCCAUUCAGUCCGAUGACCUCGACUCUGACGUCCCCCCGGCCUCUCACCGCGAAAUUGGUCCGGUACCAAACCUUGUUGUCACCGCUGGCAAUGUUCUCGAAGUUUACAUUGUGAGAGUUCAAGAAGAAGAGGAUAGCAGAAUUUCCAAGGCUCAGGCAGAGUCCAAACGUGGUGGAUUCAUGGAUGGCAUAUCAGGGGUUUCUCUAGAGCUUGCUUGUCAUUAUAGGUUGCAUGGUAAUGUGGAAACAAUGGCAGUAAUACCUUCUGGAAGUGGUGAUGGCUCUAGAAGAAGAGAUUCUAUAAUUUUGAGCUUUCGAGAUGCCAAAAUCUCCGUUUUAGAAUUUGAUGAUUCUACCAAUGGACUUCGUACAAGCUCUAUGCACUGUUUUGAGGGUCCAGAGUGGCUUCAUCUGAAAAGAGGCAGAGAAUCAUUUGCGAGAGGUCCAUUGGUAAAGAUUGAUCCUCAAGGAAGAUGUGCAAGUGUUCUUGUGUAUGAUAUACAAAUGAUAAUGCUCAAACCCACUCAGGCUGGUUCUGGUUUGGUUGGGGAAGAAGAUGCUUUGGGUUCUGGAGGUGCUGUUUCUGCUCGCAUCGAAUCAUCUUACAUAAUUAAUCUGCGUGAUCUUGACAUGAAGCAUAUAAAAGACUUCAUUUUCGUACACGGUUAUAUUGAGCCUGUGAUGGUCAUCCUUCAUGAACGAGAGCUUACUUGGGCUGGGCGUGUCUCUUGGAAACACCACACUUGUAUGAUUUCGGCGCUUAGUAUCAGCACAUCUUUGAAGCAACAUCCUCUUAUUUGGUCAGCUGUUAAUCUGCCCAAUGAUGCCUACAAGCUACUUGCUGUUCCUUCGCCAAUUGGCGGUGUUCUAGUAAUUUGUACAAAUACUAUUCAUUAUCAUAGUCAGUCAACCUCAUGCGCAUUGGGUUUAAACAGCUAUGCAGUUUCGGCCGAUAACAGUCAAGAGAUCCCUAAAUCUCCUUUUAGUGUGGAGCUUGAUGCUGCCAAUGCAACUUGGCUGUCAAAUGAUGUGGCCUUAUUAUCAACUAAAACUGGCGAGCUUUUGUUGCUGACCCUAGUGUAUGAUGGAAGGGUUGUGCAGAAGCUUGAUCUUUCAAAGUCAAAAGCUUCAGUACUGACAUCGGGGAUUACAACAAUAGGAAAUUCAUUAUUGUUUCUAGGAAGUAGGUUGGGAGAUAGUUUGCUUGUGCAGUUUACUUGUGGAUUGGGGACAGCAAUAUUGUCUUCUGGUUUGAAAGAUGAGGAUGGAGAUAUUGAAGGAGAUCCUCCUACGGCAAAGCGAUUGCGUAGAUCACCCUCUGAUGUAUUGCAAGAUAUGGCGAAUAGUGAGGAGCUAUCUUUGUAUGGUUCAGCUCCAAAUAACUCAGAAUCAGCUCAGAAGUCAUUUUCAUUUACAGUGAGGGAUUCAUUGAUAAAUGUUGGUCCCUUGAAGGACUUCUCCUACGGUCUACGUAUUAAUGCAGAUCCAAAUGCAACUGGAAUUGCCAAACAGAGUAAUUAUGAAUUGGUUUGUUGUUCUGGUCAUGGAAAAAACGGCGCCCUCUCUGUUCUUCGACAGUCUAUUCGCCCAGAAAUGAUUACUGAGGUUGAGCUGCCAGGCUGCAAAGGAAUUUGGACUGUUUACCACAAGAGCACACGUAGCCAUACUGUUGACUCAAAAAUUACCUCUGCUGAUGAUGAGUACCAUGCAUAUUUGAUCAUAAGUCUGGAGGCUCGAACAAUGGUUCUUGAAACAGCUGAUCUUUUGGCGGAAGUCACUGAGAGCGUUGACUAUUAUGUGCAAGGAAGAACAAUUGCUGCUGGGAAUUUGUUUGGAAGGCGUCGAGUUGUGCAGGUUUACGAACGCGGUGCUCGGAUUUUAGAUGGUUCUUUCAUGACCCAGGAUUUCAGUUUUGGAGCUGCAAAUGCUGAAUCUGCCUCUGGUUCCGAGAGUUCCAUGGUGAUGUCUGUUUCCAUUGCCGAUCCAUAUGUAGUAUUGAGAAUGACUGACGGAAGUAUCCGGCUCCUUGUUGGAGAUCCCACUUCCUGCACUGUUUCUGUUAAUACUCCAGCUGCCUUUGAGAGUUCGAACAAGUCAAUAUCUACAUGCACACUCUAUCACGAUAAAGGGCCCGAACCAUGGCUACGUAAGACAAGUACGGAUGCUUGGCUCUCAACAGGAGUUGAUGAGGCAGUUGAUGGCACUGAUGGUGCUUUGCAUGACCAGGGAGAUACAUAUUGUGUUGUUUGUUAUGAAAGUGGUUCCCUUGAAAUAUAUGAUGUGCCUAGUUUUAAUUGUGUUUUUUCUGUGGAUAACUUCAUAUCGGGAAAGUCUCACCUAGUUGAUACGUUUGUGCAAGAACAACCGAAGGAUCCCCAAAAUGAAAUGAAUAAAAGUUCUGAGCAGUUAAGUGGUCAAGGAAAUAAAGAAGAUGUUCAGAACAUGAAAGUUGUUGAAUUGGCCAUGCAGAGGUGGUCUGGACAGCAUAGCCGCCCUUUUCUCCUUGGGAUAUUGACUGAUGGAACAAUACUUUGUUACCAUGCUUUCCUGUAUGAAGGUCCAGAGAGUGCCUCUAAAACAGAGGAAAAUGCUUCUGGCUUGGGAAAUAUUAGUGCAUCUAGACUCAGAAAUCUGAGAUUUGUUCGAGUUCCAUUGGAUACAUAUGCUAGAGAGGAAACAUCUGAUGGAAUGCCAUGCCAAAGAAUUAGUGUUUUUAAGAAUAUUGCUGGUUAUCAGGGAUUGUUUCUUACCGGGUCAAGACCAGCAUGGUUUAUGGUAUUCAGAGAACGUGUCCGUAUUCAUCCUCAGCUAUGCGAUGGUUCGAUUGUAGCCUUCACUGUUCUUCACAAUGUGAAUUGCAACCAUGGAUUCAUAUAUGUCACAUCACAGGGUAUUUUAAAGAUUUGCCAAAUGCCACCUAUAACAAGCUAUGACAACUAUUGGCCAGUGCAAAAGAUUCCAUUGAAAGGCACUCCACAUCAGGUCACUUACUAUGCAGAGAAGAAUUUGUAUCCAAUCAUAGUUUCGGUUCCUGUUCAAAAGCCAUUGAAUCAAGUUGUGUCAUCUUUGGUUGAUCAAGAGGUCUCCCAUCAGUUUGAGAAUCAUAAUUUGAGUUCUGAUGAUUUACAUCGGACCUAUACUGUUGAUGAAUUUGAGGUUCGGGUUCUAGAGCCAGAAAAAUCUGGUGGUCCUUGGCAGACUAAGGCCACCAUUCCGAUGCAAAGUUCUGAGAAUGCCUUAACAGUUCGAGUUGUUACAUUGUUUAACACAACAACCAAGGAAAAUGAAACACUUCUUGCAAUUGGGACUGCUUAUGUGCAAGGAGAGGACGUUGCCGGUAGAGGACGAGUUCUUUUGUUUUCAUUAGGAAAAGAUGGUGAUGAUUCUCAGAAUUCGGUUUCGGAGAUUUACUCUAAGGAGUUGAAGGGCGCAAUAUCUGCUUUAGCUUCUCUUCAAGGCCAUUUGUUAAUUGCUUCUGGUCCGAAAAUUAUUUUACACAAGUGGACUGGUACUGAGUUAAAUGGAAUUGCAUUUUAUGAUGCGCCUCCCUUAUAUGUUGUCAGCUUGAAUAUUGUGAAGAAUUUUAUUCUUCUUGGUGAUGUUCACAAAAGCAUAUAUUUUCUUAACUGGAAAGAGCAGGGAGCUCAACUGAGUUUAUUGGCCAAGGAUUUUGGCUCUCUUGAUUGCUAUGCGACAGAGUUUUUGAUUGACGGAAGUACUCUAAGCCUCGUAGUUUCGGAUGACCAAAAGAACAUCCAAAUAUUUUAUUAUGCACCAAAGAUGUCUGAGAGCUGGAAAGGACAGAAGCUUCUUUCUAGAGCUGAAUUUCAUGUUGGUGCCCAUGUAACAAAAUUCUUGCGGUUACAAAUGCUUUCUACUUCUUCAUCUGAUCGAACAGGGACAACAACUCCAGGAUCGGAUAAAACUAACCGAUUUGCCUUACUCUUUGGUACCCUUGAUGGUAGCAUCGGAUGUAUUGCACCUCUUGACGAACUCACAUUUCGUAGACUAGAAUCACUACAGAAAAAGCUUGUUGAUGCUGUUCCACAUGUUGCUGGUCUGAAUCCUAGAUCUUUUCGCCAGUUUCACUCAAACGGAAAGGCUCAUCGGCCUGGACCCGACAGCAUAGUUGAUUGUGAACUUCUGUGCCAUUACGAGAUGCUCCCUUUGGAAGAGCAGCUAGAGCUUGCUCAUCAGAUCGGAACAACUCGCUUACAAAUUCUUUCAAACUUAAAUAAUCUCUCCUUAGGAACAAGUUUCUUGUAGCCUGUAAUAUAUUGAGGUAAGGCUCUUCUACUUAGAUCAAAAUCAAUUUGGGACCUAACAAAUAUGUUGGAUUGGAUGUAUGAACAACUUAAACAAAAGAAAAUAGAUGAUUUAAUUAGUUUCUCUUUAUUGUUAAACAAAAGAUCAUUAUUCCAUGGCUA